GGCACCCUGCAGUAUAUGGCGUGGGACUUGACACAUUACCUAAUUUAAAAGUGAAAUGGAUCAGUGCUCGGCUCUUGUCAAUUAUUUGUCAACAAUCUCCUUCAGUCGCCAGUAGCCACACCGUCCGAGUGAUUAUGUCAGUCGGAGGUCAGUGACCCCGAGAUGAACGCUCGGAGCAUCGCGUUCGAGCUGUCCAUGGAGGGUCGGCAGGUGGACGAGGUGGUCGCCAGUAUCUUCCAUACCGUUCUGUUCCAUCGCUCGAGCGGCAAGUUCACCUACAACAACGAGGAGAGCUACUCCAUACGCACCGUCAGCUACGUGGACGUCGACUGCGACUUUAUAGACUUCACGUACGUGUGCUGCGAGUCCGAAGCGCUCGGGAGGAACGUCAAACGGGAAAUAUCCGAUUUUUCCGACUUGCUUCGCGGCGCUGAGAACACGGCUACCCCUCGCGGUUCUAUAAGCUUAGAGUUCUUCCAAAAGCGACGCGCCCGCUGGCCGUUCCAGCCCGAAUGCGUCCCCUGGGAAGUGUGGACGGUCUACUGCGAGCUGGCUGAGGCCCGCUCCGAGCACCACAUGCGCGCGCAGCACGAGGGCGUCGUCGAAAUGCUCCAAGACAAAAUAGUCUUCAUCACGGAGAUCAUCAAUCGACACGAAUACGUGCCCAAGAUGCCGAGUCGCUCCGACGCGGAUUUAAUCUUCGAUACCUCGUACCCUGACAUCCAACCUUACCUAUUCAAGAUCCAUUAUAAUUUGUCUGGCGCGCCGCCGCUCACCGUCGGCAACACUGUCCGCAAGCUGAUACGAGAUACGCUUUCGUUGUGAUGUCUGUCUCUAUACUAUCUAUAACAUGUUUGCACAAUAAAUCCCCUUGGGUCAAAGUGCAUCCAAAAUGAUCCCCAAUUUAAAGGCCCGGGUACUACAAAGGCGGAUUUUAUACGGCCUUGACACGCAAUAAACUCUGGGUCAAAGUGUAUCAAAAGGGGCCCCUAAACUAGAACACCAGCGAUACCCAAACUCCCUAUUUUUCGGCUAUGUCUAAAUCGACGUGUGAUAUAAAUAUUCGCUAUUCCGCUUUAUAUAAAUAUUCAAUUGUACAUCAAAAUUUUAAUCGGACAUUGUAAAUUGUAAAUAAUGAUGGACAAUUAUAAAUGUAAUUAAGCAAUUAAUGUUUUAUUCUAUGCAAUAAGGCAAGUGUAAUGUUUUUUUUUUUAAAUCUUGACAUACAUAAUAAUCCUUGAUAUACGCAGCAAUAUUAACAAAUUAUAGAGUGUACUUAUGUAAAUGUUUUUUGGUCGCACAGUUAUUAUUUGUCGUAAGUAGAGUUAGUUUGAAGCGUAGCGCCGUGUCGUACUUGUUUUAUUUAUUACCAACACGGCUCUACGCAUGUAAAUAGAUUUGUUUGUUUGUAAUUGAUAAUAACAAUACUUUUGCUAUUUUCUUUAAGCGCUUUUUAAUGCAGAAAUAAAUUUAAUACAGAAAUGGUGGAAUGAAGCAAAAGUAUUCGUUCUUACGCUUAUAUAAAAGCUAUGUCUUUAAAUCUUAGUAAAUAAAUUUAGUUGUAAUUUUUUCAGAGCUAUGACUCAGAAGGCUGGUUGAUGUGUCCACUCAUUUAUAUGAUUUAUUUAAGGUUCUUCGCCUAUCGUUUACUUAUGAGCUCGCUUCGGAGAAUUCACGUUCAUUGUGCACUGUAGAAGUUCCACUAGUUAGUUCUCUAGUUAUUAAUGACAAGAAAAACAAUUUAUUGUUGCAAUUAAUAUAGUUUUAUGGGGUAGGUAUAUUUAUUAACCCGCGACACCAGUGUAAGUGCACGAUAAAAUAUUUAAGUGAGUAUGUAUAUCUAUUUGGUGGCAGUCUGUGUAUAGAGUUUCCUAUUGUAGGACGCUUAGAGAUAUCGCUGAGUGACUCGCUCAGUCUAAUUUAGUAAAGUCAUUUGACUAUUUCGUGUGUAUUUUUAUAUUAAAAUAGAAGCUUUUGUGAUAUAGCUAACGAAAGGUAAAAUUUAUGAAUAAAAAAACAUAUUUCGGAAUUAUUUUGUUUGUGAAAAGUAAUUUAGAUUUAUACUUGAGCCAUUGUCGAGAACUUUAAAUAUGUGUAUAUGUAUAUGUGUGUAUUUUAAGUAUAUGUAUUCUUAGAACUGUCAGUGCAUACUGUGUAUAGUAUAACUACAGUUGUAAGACAAUGUACAGAUCAACUUAUUGUAGAUUUUCUCAUUGAAUUAUAUUAUAAAACCGAUUUAUAUUAAGGUAUGUUAUAGAUCUAGACGUAAUCGUCUCACAGUGAUCGUCUAUUUGGGUGUGUGUAGUUUUAACGAUAGUUUAGAUGAAGGUGCAUGAAUCAUCUCAUAGUGGUAAGAAUAGUAGAUGUAUUAGUUUGCAAUUUUGUGUUGUUGUCUUAAGUUAAAAAACUUUUCCCUUUUAGUUUUUCGUCGUUAUUGUUCUCUUGAAUUUAAUCUAUAAUUUUUGAAUUGAAUGUCUUUUAGGCUCCACGUGUAAUGUGGAUCAAAUUCUAAAUUUAAAUCAGCGGGCCUAUUAUAGUCGCCUUUAUCGCGUGAUAACUACAAUAUACAACUAUUUUAUAUUUAAAUCCAGAGGUAGUAGUAGGUAGUUAUAAAUUUGACUCCCAUUGUUUUUCUCUCUUAUUAAUUACUCGAUAAAGGCUCAUAUAACACGUCAUUCGAACGGCUUUGAUGGCACGGCGUCGGCAAAAGUAUGUAAUGGAACACACUUUAAAUACAGCAGUAAACGCUUUUUUUUCCGUGGAACACUCCCCCGCAACUCAACGUCGCAUACAUUUUCAGAUUUGAAUCGUAUGUAUGAGGGUUGUUUCACGUACAAAUAGGCCCGCAGAAUAACGUACAGUAAGUUCCAGAGAUAACUGACCCCCUGCUAACAAGUUUCUAUGCAGGGGGGUCAGUUAUCUCUGUGGCUUACUUUACACGGCAUAAAACGUUCAUAACGUACGUAACCUAAACCUUGAUUUUGUCAAACAAUGGUUUUUGUUUCUAUUAUUCUGAGGUCAUUCGACGGGCGUUGUCACGACUCCAUCCACGAACUUCUGAUUGUUUACUCUCCUACCUCAUUUUGUGACUAGCUUAGGUGUGUUUGCAUCUCGAUUGGAUUAUAGUACAUACCUAUCUAUUUAUCUAUAUUUAUCACUAUAUAAAUUUGUCACCAAAGAUGAGGCUGUACGUACCUUUGAAUCUUUUUUAAACUUCUGACGGUCGUUGGACGCUUUUUUUACUGAACUGGUGUACCGAUUUGAGGGUGACAUACGUCACAUGGUACUCGUUUAAGUACUGUUUAUACAAUUGCCCGUGGAGUCUCGCUGGCGAGAAUCCGCGACAUCAAAGUCGCUAUGAUAAUGUUAAAAAUUAAGUUGCGAGAUUUAAAGGAAUCAGCUCGGGUCAGUCACGAUGUAGCGUAUGUCAUCCCACUUGUGGCAUCUCAUCAUGUUUCAUAUCAGGGAGUACCUUGUAACAUAUUAUUUACAAUAUUGGUGAUAAGACAAUAUAUUUUAUUCGAGUUCGUGCCUCAUUCAAAAGCUGGAAGUGUGGAGCACAUUGUAAAUAGUCAUUUGUGUCGUUCUUAACGAAAAGGCGCCUAAGUGGAGGCACUUGCGACAUUAUAAACCAUGCUCCAAUACUUUAAAGUAAGCGCCUACAGCACUAUAGUCUGAGUUAGGGAGUUUUAGAGAACGUAAACAAAACAAAAUUGAGGAAAAACCCAUUUGUAUUUAUUACAUCAUUGGCCAAGUGUAGAUUCACUAGACUUAUAUUGACCGGGAUAUAGACCAUGAUUACCUUUUGUAUUAUUUAUGGGCUCCUGAUAUUUCGAUUUAUAUAUAAGUCUAGUGAAACUAACCGUGAAUCAUUCAAAACUCCAAGUGUAGAUUGUUUUGUUUGUUUAUAUUCUUUAAAACUUAAUUAAGAAAACAUGAAUAAUUUCGUACAUUCACCUCUUAUCACUUUUGUCUCUGUUACUCGCGCGGAAAGCUGCGCAUGUAUGACGGCAAUAUAUAGUUGGUCAAGCAAGUCUUGUCAGUAGAAAUCAAUAGUCGUAGAAAAAAACUACGAAGGUAGUAGAAAAAAAUCAAUAGUUUAAGUUACCUACACCAUAAUGUUUCUGUUUCUGUGUUUUUUUCCCAUCGCUGUAAACGUAUUUUGAUUUUAUUUAUUUAUUUAGAAAUGGGCGCGACAGUCAAAUUUUCUAUGGGACGAUAACCCUUCGUGUCUACAUUUUUUAAAUUUCCCGCCUUUUUCUACUGACAAAGUUUUGCUUAAGCAACUAUAAUUUGUAGUGAGCAAUAGAGAUAUCCAAGGUCAAUGUACCACAUUUUCGUUCUGUUGUCUAGACUAUGCGGUACCUUUUCCUUAAGAACGUCAGUUUUCUGCACAUUGUAACUUGCUAUGGCCUUAUUUGAAAGAAUAUAUAUGUAUGAAGAGAAGCUGAAUACAUGACUGCUGUUACAUAUUAGAUUAUAUGAGAUGGCGACACGGGAAGUAUAUGUUGUGAUGUGUAAGUUCAAAAUAAGCUGAAAUCUUAGUCUUGUGAUAAUUUAUAUAUAAAUAUAUGAAUAAA